CACCUAGUUAUCUGUGGACAGGCUUCGCGGUGGUCGGCUUCAAUUAUCGUUUUACUGGGACACUUUUUUUUAAUCGCUCACUUUCCUUUAAAAAACAAAACAAAAAACGUUUUCACGGUUUCGAACUGCUGCUGCCGCAAUUACCGGGGAAAAAAAUAGCAGCAACGGUCCAGGAUGAACUUUUCCUUAUCCCGGUUAACAUUUUCGCUUCUUUGAUUGGAGAAUCCCGGGCGUGUGGAACUACACUUUUCCAUUUUUAGUGGGUUCACUGCGAGUGGAACAGUGGGCGAAAGUGUUAGGUGAAGACUUUGAACAUCAUAAAGCGUGGUGGUGAUUUUCACGAGGAGACCUGAAACCUCGAAUACUGACGGGGGAAAUAUUCAAGAACAGGUUUUAGCAACCGAGCUGCAGCCGAUGGAUAAUCUGAAGUUUGCGCUCUUCUUAAUCAUCCUCACCACUGUUUCCAGUAACAAUGACAAUGACCUGGACUGGAACUUUUGCGGCACAUGGCACCAUGGCAACAACCCCCUGAGCCUGAACCUCAACAUCUCUACUGGCUGUAAAGGAAUCUCCAUUUCAGCCAAUGAGAGCUUUCUGUCCAUCAACGGGCAGAUCACAGCCCAGUGUAGGCGAUCUGAAGUGAUUACCUUCAAGCACCUUGGACUUGAGUCAGGGGAGGACAUCAAGUUCUGUCUGGACUGGGAGCCACUGCUGGACCAGUUAAUGCUGACAGUAGGAGAGAAGAAGCUUAUUCUGUGCUCACCUGCAAGCCUGCAGGAUUCCUGCUGCACUGACCUGAGUGAUGUCCAAAACACACAAGAAGCAGACUACGGCAUCCUCAAUACCGAGAUUUAUCAUGAUUUCAUCACCGACAAAACACGGAUGGCGUACAACUUUCAAGCACAUUCCACCAACUACACAGAAUUAUGUGAACAGGCGAAACGGGAAUCCGGCCCCAACAAGUGUGCUGAGCCUCCAUACGCUCACAAAUCUGAUGUGGAGAUGAAGGAAGAUUUCAAAGGCCACAGCGUCACAUCACCUGCCAUUGCUGGUAGACCUGUCAAGUCCAAUAUCACUGUCCACCUCCCUGCUGCCUUAAAACAAGCUGCGAAAAAUGUUAACAAUGUAGCCUGCACUUUCUUCAAGAACAUCUCCCUGUUACAGGAGGCUCACAAAACUGCCAAGCCUAUCAAUGAUGUGGUGGAAAUCACGGUGGAGAACGAGAUCAUCAGAAAUCUGCCUGAACCCAUUAGGAUAGAUUUUUACCAUGAAGCCGUAUCUAAAAGAAAAACAAGGGCAUGUGUUUCAUGGGACACCAGAAAAGAUUCUCUGCAGGUGAACUGGUCGAAGGAUGGAUGUAAGACAGAACAGAGUGGGGAAAACCACACUGUGUGUCAGUGUAACCAUCUGACGUACUUCACUGUGCUGGUGGACCUGAAUCGUCAACCAGUGCCCCACCUGCUGGAGCUUACUGUCAUUACAUAUCUGGGAUGUGCCGUAUCUCUGAUCAGCUGUGUUGCUCUUAUAAUAUAUCUCUGCAGGAAAAGGAGGCGAUCAAAGGAGCAGUCCUUGCCCAUCCAUGUGGGCUUAGCUGUGUCCCUCGCCUUCCUCAGCCUGAUUUUUUUCUUCAAUGGAGUCCUGGCUAACGUGGGAGGGGAAAGUGUGUGCACUUGGGUAGGAGCAGUACUUCACUACGCCCUCCUCUGCUCCUUCGCCUGGAUGGGCAUCGAAGUGUUGCACACUUUCUGGUUGGUCUACAUGGUCUUCACCCCCCGUCUGAAGCCCUACAUUUGGAACCUAGUUGGUUUUGCUCUUCCUGCUGUUCCCGUUGUCAUCCUGGCUCCAAUAGGUGAUAUUUAUGGGCUCAUAGAGGUGCCACCAAGCGAAGACCCUGAGAAUCCAUAUAAGAUGUGUUGGAUGGAUAUAAAUGAGAAUAAAGGCUGGCUAGCUUUCUGUUUGACCAACAUGAUGACUCUGGCCCUCCUGGUGUCAUCUGGCCUUGUGAUGCUGUUCCUGGUCUACAGGCAGAUCCGCACCAGGGAUGAAUGGAAACAGAACCGAGUGGCGUUUCUCAGCAUCUGGGGCCUCAGCUGCUUAUAUGGGACCACUUGGGGUCUGGCCUUCCUUAAGUUUGAGCCCAUUUCUACCUUUAUUCUCUUCAUCACCUGUAUCCUCAACUCAUUUCAAGGUUUCUUCCUGAUGCUGCGAUUCUGCAUGCUGGACUGGAUGCAGAAGCAGGCUGGUGGCUCUGGUCUUGGCAGCAGCAGCACCGGUUCUACCAGGCAGCACAUGCUCCAGGCCCAGGAGAAGAGUUAAAUGAACAAAGAUGCAGAAGCCGGACUUUGAAUGUAAAAAUAAUGCCAGUAUACCACCAGUGAUGGAGGAGCUGGAGGUUGACCAGGACGUUUCUCCUGGAGGAGUGUUCUGAUGAAAUGUGUCUGUCAGGGGUGGUAACUGCAGGAGAAUAUGAGCUACAGCUAAAAAAAAAAGGUACAGCAGGUUCUCCAUAUAUCCUACGUUUCUUAACUCUGUAACUCGGUAGUAACGAGCACAAGUUAGCUGUACGGGCAAACACAAAUAUGACCUGCUGUGUAACUGUAAAAGUGAAGAUGGGUCAGUAUUCCUUCCCAAACAUAAUCCAGCUGCUGUAACUUCUCAAACUUUGAGUGUACAAACCUUUUUUAUUCACUCUAAAUUAUUUAUUCUUGAGCUUGUGUUCUAUUUAGUAAUCAUUACAACAGGAGAAAAAAGAAACAUUUUACAAAAUAUAUUUGCUGUUUAUUUAUAGCUCUAUAUGUCACACAUUCUGAGUUAUAAUUAAUUUUGGUGGCGAUUAGCUAAAUAUUAUAUAUCAAUAAUUCACUCAAGUUGCAUUACAAAAAGGCAUUUAAUCACUUGAUUCUUUUAAUUUAGGCCCGUGGCAAAGAAAUGACAGUAUCACUCAGGAACUCCUUAAUCAGGCCUAAAGCCUGCGUUUGCAGAAAAGCUAGACUGGCUCUAGUUGUACAGGAGGGGGAUGUCAAAGUUCAAACUAACGUAUGUGAAAUUAGAAAUUGUAAGUUGGAAAUAAUUAUGAAUUAUUCCCAACACGGAAAUUGCGAGCAGGAAUAGAUGCAGGUUACUGUUCUAUUGUAUAUAAAAAAAAGAAAGCUAUAUAAUACUAUUGACGAUGUUUUGAACUUUAGAUAAGCUUUUUAUUUUAUAUUUUGUAUCAUGUAUGCUUUUUUAUAGCUGCUUCCUAAGUUGUUUAAAGUAGCACUUUAGAUUUUCGGUCAUUUAAACAUGUACUUGUUGAGCCUCAGUGAGUUUUCUUUUGAACUGUUUUAAUGUGCAGAUGGUAAAUUCCAUAUUGCAUUUGUCCACACUGUAAAUUAAUAAGUGAAUAUUUUAUAAAUGAAUCCAGAGUGACUGUUUUUCUUUUUUUCAAACCUGAUUAUCAGACCUUUGUCUUUAAAAUGGGCCAAAAUGCAUUUAUUUGGUUGGAUGCGUUCCAGUAUUAAAUAGAAAUGUAAAAUUGUCAUGUAUUUCAUUGGCGUUAUGUUUCAGUCAUGUCCAGCAGAACUCACAUAUGUAAGCUUUUAGAUACUGUGAUGUUUGCACUUUUUUCAAAAUUUUAAAACUAAAAUAUAUGUCACUCAAUUUAAUGUGUAUAUUUUGGUUUUCUGGAUAUAUAUUGACUUUUAAUUAAAAAAAAUCUUUUGG